AUGGGGCUGGGGUGCUCCACUGUCCACGUGCGCAUGCACGAGGGGGGGGACACUGUCCACGUGGGGGAGGGAAUGCCACAACGUGUGUGUUCGUUCCUGCUGUGUGUGCGCGGGGGGGGGGCCCGCUGUCAGUGUGUGUCCCCCGCUGUCAGUGUGCGCGGGGGGUGUGUGUGUCCCACUGUCAGUGUGCGCGCAGGGGGGGGGGUCCCGCUGUCAGUGUGCGCGCAGGGGGGGGGUGUGUCCCGCUGUCAGUGUGUGCGCGGGGGGGUGUGUCCCACUGUCAGUGUGUGUGUCCCGCUGUCAGUGUGCGCGCAGAGGGGGGGGUCCCGCUGUCAGUGUGUGUGUCCCACUGUCAGUGUGCGCGCAGGGGGGUGUGUCCCGCUGUCAGUGUGCGCAGAGGGGGGUGUGUCCCGCUGUCAGCGUGCGCGCAGAGGGGGUGUGUGUCCCGCUGUCAGUGUGCGCGCAGGGGGGUGUGUCCCGCUGUCAGUGUGCGCGCAGGGGGUGUGUGUCCCGCUGUCAGUGUGCGCGCAGAGGGGGUGUGUGUCCCGCUGUCAGUGUGCGCGCAGGGGGGUGUGUCCCGCUGUCAGCGUGCGCGCAGGGGGGGUGUGUCCCGCUGUCAGCGUGCGCGCAGGGGGGGGUGUGUCCCGCUGUCAGUGUGCGCGCAGGGGGGGUGUCCCGCUGUCAGUGUGUGUGUCCCGCUGUCAGUGUGCGCGCGGGGGGGGGGUGUGUCCCGCUGUCAGUGUGUGUGUCCCGCUGUCAGUGUGUGCGCCCCGCUGUCAGUGUGUGCGCGGGGGGGGGGGUGUCCCGCUGUCUGUGUGUGUGUGCGCAGAGGGGGGUGUGUCCCGCUGUCAGUGUGUGCGCAGAGGGGGGUGUGUGUCCCGCUGUCAGUGUGCGCGGGGGGUGUGUGUGUGUCCCGCUGUCAGUGUGUGUCCCCCGCUGUCAGCGUGCGCGCAGAGGGGUGUGUGUCCCGCUGUCAGUGUGCGCGCAGAGGGGGUGUGUGUCCCGCUGUCAGUGUGCGCGCGGGGGUGUGUCCCGCUGUCAGUGUGUGUGUCCCGCUGUCAGUGUGUGCGCAGGGGGGGGGUCCCGCUGUCUGUGUGUGUGUGCGCAGAGGGGGGUGUGUCCCGCUGUCAGUGUGUGCGCAGAGGGGGGGGUGUCCCCCGCUGUCAGCGUGCGCGCAGGGGGGGUCCCGCUGUCUGUGUGUGUGUGCGCAGGGGGGGGGUGUCCCCCGCUGUCAGCGUGCGCGCAGGGGGGGUCCCGCUGUCUGUGUUGUGUACAUGUUCCACUGGGGGCUGCUUCGCGGUGGGAAGACAAGGUUCGGUCGGCCGCGUGGGUACAGGGGUGCGGUUCUGA